CAUAAAAGCUCGUCUAAGGGUUUCUCUCAGUCUUUCUCCACCGCUCUGAUCCGCCCAGACAUGCACACACGCAGAGCGGACGGGCAGUCACACAUCGACCAUAGGCACACAAACUUUGUGGAAGACGUUGCCACAGUGACAAUGGGUGGCUUUCUGACGAGCUCUUUCUCUUUCUCUCUCUCUCUGUGUGAGUGUGUGUGUAUGUGUGUCAGUGCUAUGUUUGGUGGCUGCUCAUCGUGUCCGUGUAAGCCUUGGAUGGCUUGGGGUUGGUCUUGAGCUCCAUGGCCAAGUGCUCACUCCCGGCGAACCGACGACGAUACUCACACAAACACAACUCGACGUCCUUCUGCACACACAUGACGUCACAUGACGUCACAUGACGUCACACCACAUGCCGCCAUGGGAUGGGCACAAGCAAGAGGGAGAGAGAUGCUGCUCACGCGAGGAGGGUUCCGCCAGCCCCUGGUUGCGUUGACGUUCCAGUUCUUCUCGAAACGCGCCUUCAUCAGAUACCUGAGAGACACAGCACAAGACACAGGCAUGUGUUGGAUGGAUGGAUGGAUCUGUGGUCGCUGGCUCACUCGUUGAUGUCCAUUAUGUCGAGCUCCUCGGGGACACUGUAGCUCUGCAGCUGCGAUAGGUCCCUGCACGAGCCGCGAGGUGGGGCCUUCCCAUAAGAACCCUCCAUCGCGCGAGGCAACUGCAUUACAGACACAUCAACGACAUGGACGACGUACCGUUCUUCGCACUGUGCGUGUCUCCAUCUCUCCUCCUCCCGUUGCCUCCCCUGCCCUCCCUCCCUCCCUCCCUCCCUCCCUGUCUCUGGUCUGUACAUACCCAUCUGAUGUUGUGUGUGUAAUUGGGGGACUUGUACACGCCCAGCACGUGUAUGUCCAUCGCCAGCUCGCCGUACACGAAGGUGAAGGGCGCCUCGCCCCGCAGCACACUCUCGGGCAACAUCGUCACCAGACGUGGCGCCGAGCCGCUGCACAAGUAGUAGUCUGAACCACACACGGAGAGAGGGAGGGAUGCAGGGAGGGAGGCGUUUUUAGAGAGGGAGGGAGGUAGGCUGGUUGGCUUACUGGCGUCUGUUGGGCCGAUGGUGCGGCCAUCUGGGAAGCGAAACUCGUGAUGAAUCUCCGCCGAAUCGUCCUGAGAGUUCGGAGAAUGAAGAAGGACGGCUGUCUCUGUGUGAUGUUUCUGUGUCUAUCUCACUGACAGGGUAAUCGAAUGUGGCCAGAAACACACGGCAGAGGUUCCACAAUGUGAUGUUCAUCCACAGCUGGCCAGCACACAACACCGAUCCAUCCAUCCAUCCAUCCAUCCCCUGACGGCUGCCUCUGCUGUUCACUCACCCCUAGGUAUCUCACGAGGCAAGAGCCCUCAGCAAACUGCUCGCUCACCGCCCGCACCUCCAGCACGUCAAGCGAGUUGAUGACGUCCGGAUCCUCAGACACACUACCACCUCCACCACCACCACCACCACCAGCCGCCUUGCUCCCCUCCCUCUGUUUCUUUUUCUCUCUCUCCGCGCCCCCUCUGCGUCUCAUGAGGUGGGCGUCCGCCCCUCCCGCCAUGUGUGGGAUGAGUGUGUCGCUGUGUAUGGCUGCGUCGGGGACAGUGCGGAUGGGGUUGCUGAUGGGGAAGCGCCGCUGGCGGGCCGACGCGAAGAGCACGCGGAAGCGGUCCAGCUCGCUCUCGUGCAUCCCUGCAGACAGAAGGCCCGAGAGACAGAGGCAGAGAGACAGAGGGAGAGGUGUGCCGGACUUGAGUUGCUGGUGGAGCUCUUUGUGUGUACAUGGCAGUCGCUCUGCGGGCUCCCAUACGGGCUCUUUGAAGCGCUUCUUCACCUGAACGAACAAACGAACAACGAACAGGGAAGGGAAGGCACUUUCAUGUGUGUGGGGUGUGGUUGAAUGGCUGUGUCUCGUUGUCUACCAGGUACAGGUAGCGCCGGCCGUUCCACUUGGAAUCGAGCAAACCUGAAGACACAACACAAACCACACAAUACACACCAGAUACACACAUGACAAACACGACCACCCAUCCACCGAUCCACCCAUCCCUCCAUCCAUCCAUCUGACCUUCGAACAUUGAUUCGUCUGCAUCUUCCUCCUCCUCUUCCUCCUCCAUACGCUCGUCAUCCUCACACUCAUCCUCACCACCAACGCCCACACCCACACCCACCAGCGGCCCUCGCUUCACCCCCUGGCCGCCCCCAGACGCCAGACGAGGGCCCCGCUUGCCCGACCCCACAGCGCGGCGGCGCUGGGUGGUGCCCAUGUAGCCUGACGAGCUGCUGCUGGUCGCCUUCGGUUUGGACGCUGGGCGCGACGGGCUGGAUGAGGAGGGGGUCAGCGAUGGGCUCGACGUGUGACGGCGCGACCGUGACUGCGACUGGGGCCGUGGCCGUGGUGUGCCGCUCCGACCCAUGCGGGCCUUCUUAUGCUGUGCCUGCUCCGCCUGCGCGGCCGCCUCCAGCCGCCGCUUGGCGUUCAUCUUGGCGUGGCGGUGGGCUCGGUUGUCUCUCCCCGCCCCCUCCUUCUGCCCCUGCCCCUGCCCGUCUUUGAUGGACAGCCCAAACACGGCGGGCAUCCUGAUCGGGCCAGCCCGCAGGUCGCAGCUGACCGGGCCGGUGAGGAAGCAGCCGCGGUGCAGCGCCCGGCUGACGCGGCCCACGCGGCCGGCUCCACCAUCCAGAUGGAGUGGCUCCAGAGUGCCGUUCUGGGCGUGCUGCUUGACGAGGCCCCUCAGGUGCGCUGCCAGGGGGGCGGCCUUGCCGUUGCCCUUGCCCCCACCAAUGGCAGCGUGGGGGACAGGGAGAUGCGGGCGCUGCUGGUGCUGGUGCUGGUGGCGGUGCUGCUCGCGGUGGUGGUGGGGCUGUUUGUCAGCGUCUUCGGCAUUGUGAUCGUCAUAUGUGUGUGUGGAGAGGGAGAGGCCGUCGGGCAGUGUGCGGGAGGAGGCGAGCUGGGUGAGCUGUGAGAUGAAGUCGCGGGGCGGGAGGACGUAGAGGGCACGGACGAGCCGCUCCUGCGCCUUGCGCGAGAGGUGCUGCCACACAGACGCACAGACACGGAGAUGGACACGGUGUGGUGGUGUGUGGUGGGGAAUGGGUGUGUGUUGUGAUGACUGACUGACCUUGGUGGGCACCGUGGGCAGGUCGCGGGCCCGGUUCUUCUUGCUAUUGGCAGCGAGGUUGGAAUUCCACCAGCUCCCCUGCAGCUCCCUGCUCACACACAGACACAGACAGACACACAUAGCAGUCAGUACAGUAUAGGUGCAAUCGAUUGCUGAUAUUCCUUCCACGCGUGGAGUGGAGUGGAGUGGAGGGGGGAGGGGGGCGUGUAGAAAUGUCGACCUGUUGAUUCUGAGUAUGUCGAUGGGUGCGUUGUUGUCGGGGUACAUGGCCAGCCGGCCCUCAUCGGUGACGAUCCGACGCGACGGCGCGACACCCACACUGCCCUCAGCCACCAAACGCGGAAACUGACCAAACACCCGGAAACACACACAUCCAUCCAUCCAUCCCUCUCUCUCUGUGUGUGUGUGGGGCACUGCACCCAUCCGAUCCGCCCACCGACCGACCGACCCAUUUGUGUAGGUUAAGCAGGCCGGCCCCCCUGUCCUCCAUCCGCUGCUCGUACACGAUGACGUCCUCGACGACCACGUGGAAUGUGACGGCGCCGUAGACGAGCUUGAAUGUGGUGCCGAUGAACGACCUGUCCUUGUCGAAGUCGGGCCGGGGGCAGCGGGAGCCGCUCUGGUUCUUGUAGUCGAAAUCUGAACACACACAACACACACACACACACACGCAUCCACCCUUGUGUGUAUGUGUGUGUGUGUGUGUGGUAGUGUUGAUGGAUGUGUCGGGGUGGGGGCCGGCCUGACCUGUGUGUGGCAGUAUGGAGCCGUCUGGCAGCUCCCAGUGGUGCGGGACAGUGGACUGGCCCUCGUUGACCCAAUGCUGAACACACACCCAGAGAGAGAGACACGCCUGGCGGGAUGGGGGCAGCAGUGUUGUGUGACAGGGUCACCUCGACUUCAUGGUCCAGCGACAUGGCCAGCGCACGGUACAAGUUGUACCACGUCAAACCUGCACACACACACACACACCGCACUUAAGGAGUGAGAACGAUAGAUACCGUCAAGUUUGCGUGCUGUGUGUCCGUGUGUGUGGUGCUGCUUUACUUCCGAGGCAUGCGAUCCGUCUGACGACCCUCUGCCCGCCCACAACGGCCUCAAACUUAUACAUCAGCACACCGGGCUUACGCUCACCCAUCUUACGAUUCGCAAACCUACCGGCGCCCCCGCCGCCCCUCCUACCCCCCCUCACGCCCACAUCCCCCUUGUCAUUGGCCUUGUUCUCACCACCACCACCACCACCACACACACCCUCUCCCUCUCCCUCUCCCUUCGCCACCAUGCGCAUCUUCCGCCGCUUGAGCCGGUCGUGUGCUGCUGCUGCUGGUGCUUCGUCGGGCCAUGUGAGAGUGUGUUGCGGCUGCAUCUUGAUGGAGCUGACGAAUGCGUGGCGGCUGUGCGUGUCUGCGAGGAAUGGGGCGAUGGGUUUGGCGAAGAGCUGGUCGAGCCGAUGGGACAGCAGCAGGUCGACCGGGGGAGGGAUGCUGUCCUGCACACACACACAUACACAUACACACACACUCAAGGGAAGCGUAUUAGGGCCGCCUUGUGGGGUGCGUGUGGUGUGUGCUGGUGACAUACAUACAUACCGGUAGCUGCAGAAGGCGACGCAGCGUUCUGUCACGGAACUCUCUGACACCAACCAACCAACCAAGCAGCCAGCCAGCCAUGGAAAAGGCCAAUGUGGUCAUGUGUGUGUGGUUUUGUGUGUGGGGUCGUGGUGCACCCACCCAUUGAUUUCGUGUACGUCGACGUCGGUCUGCACACGAUGGGCGGCGAGGCCAUACGGCGACCCGCACGCAUCCACAGAAGGGGCCGUGCCUCGAGCACUCGACACACGGGGAACCUGCAGACACACACACACACACACACACAGACAGACAGACAUGAUGGAUGGCUUCUCAUGUGUGUAUGUCAGUGACACAUACAUACCCAUUGCAGGUCACUGUCUGUGAAAGUGACGAUGUCUGUGAGUGUGACGGUGAGCUGCAGGACGCCGAACGAGUAGCCGAAGGUGCCUCUGCGGCCGACGGCAUGUGUGCUGAGGACGUCGUGCAGACGGUGGUCGUCCGUGCACAUGGAGCCGGCAUUGGCCGACGAGUAGAUGGCGUCAGAGAAGAAGAAACAAUGCCUAUGGGCAUCGUUGCCCUGCACACACCACACACACCACAUCACACCCACCACACCACACGUACGUCCUGCCCUCCCCAGCCCCCUCUCUGCACCCACCGGCCCCACCUGCAUGUCAAGGGCCGUCAGGAAACACACGUGCAGCUGGUACAACGACAGUCUGGCCGGCACCGCCACCACACGACGCACCUCCCCUUCUCGAAACGACCGGCACUCGAGCAGCAGCUCCACCCCAUCCUCGCACCCCACACCCGCGGGCGCAUCACCACCACCCACAGCAGCCCCGCGCGGCACAUCGCCUGCCGACGGGUCGUCUUGUGAGAAGUUCAUGCACUCGGCACUGUGGGCCAUGUCGUCACUCGAGGCGUACUUGAGGGGCGAGGGCGGGGAGGGGGAGGGGCAGAUGGAGAAGGCCGGGCCAGAUGGGGUCACCGUGGUCUUGGUGGUGGUGGUCUUGCGCUUAGAAGGGGGAGAGGGGGGGAUGUUGCUGAGAAGACGGUUCAGACGCCCAGACGCCAGAAGCUUAUGCAACUGCCAUAGAUCAAGACACCAUCAAAGGUUUCCUGGAGCUGCCAAAUCCCGCUAGCCCUUUCUGUGGGUGUGUAGGUAUGUACCUGCUUCACAGUCAUCUGGGGGAACACGAUAUCGCGGCAUCCAACCAAUGGCAUCCCCGUCGCCGACGGACAGAAGGCCGAACGCGCCGCCUUCAAGUUGCCCAUGGCCACAAACGGGACCUUGGCCGCUGCUGCCGAUGGCUUAGGAUUAGGCAUGUGAUCUGCCGCCGGACGGUCCUCCUUCUCGCGCGGCGCAUCUUCUGGAUCUGCCGUGGCGUGGGUGGGGAGAGGGGGAGGGGGAGGGGCCAUCGGAGCAGAUUCUUUGGAUGGAUGGCGCGGGUCAGUAGGUAGCUGGGAAUCAGCCAUCACGGAAAAGCAGGAGAACGAGGGGAAAAAGGUCACGCGAGUCGUAAAUUGAUACUUCUGUGCAUGCCGCGUCAUGCUGCAAUCAUUGCAAUGUAGAUCUUUGAAUGGUACUGUGAGGGUCGGCUAAAUGGGACGCUGCUUAUAUGGGAAACUCGU